AUGAGACCCAUCCUUUUGCAAGGCCACACGCGUUCAUUGACGCAAAUCAAGUACAAUCGGGAAGGCGAUUUGCUUUUCUCCGUCUCAAAGGAUAAAGUCAUCAAUGUGUGGUAUUCCCACAAUGGCGAGCGUCUCGGUACCUACAACGGCCAUCAGGGCAGUGUGUGGACUGUCGAUGUCAACUCUACUUCGACCAUGAUCAUUACCGGUGCUGCUGAUAACACUGCUAAAUUAUGGGAAGUUCAAACCGGUCGAUGCUUGAAGACAUGGGAAUUCAAGACAGCAGUGAAGCGAGUGGAAUUCAGCGAAGAUGAUACCAUGGCGCUGUGUGUGACCGAAGAACGUAUGGGUUACUCUGGUAGUGUGACCGUGUUGGCUGUCAAUCCUGAUGUGAAGGCUCAACAAUCGGACGAACCUAUUGCUGUCAUCGUCAACGACGGAAAGAAGGCCGUGGUGGCUGGUUGGGGUCCCAUCAACAAAUACAUUAUCAGCGGUCACGAAGAUGGCACCAUUUGCCAGUGGGAUUGGAAAGCGAAGGAGAAGAUUAACACCAUCAAACCUCACGAAUCUGAACUUACCGACAUGCAAUUCAGUCCCGACCGAACCUACUUCAUCACUAGCUCCAAGGACAAAUCAGCUCAAAUCUUUGAAUCCGAUACUUUGAAACCUAUGAAGAAAUACACAGCUGAUACACCUCUCAACUCGGCAGCAAUUACCCCCAAAUUCCAAGAAUUCGUCAUUCUCGGUGGUGGUCAAGAUGCAAUGAGUGUUACAACCACCUCAGCAAGAGCUGGUAAAUUCGAAAGCCGUUUCUAUCACAAAAUUUUGGAAGAAGAAGUCGGUCGUGUACGUGGUCAUUUCGGUCCUAUUAAUACAAUCGCUGUUCAUCCCGAUGGCAAGAGCUAUUCAAGCGGUGGUGAAGAUGGUUACGUUCGUGUACAUCAUUAUGAUCCUGAUUUCUUCAAGUUUAAGAUCGAAGCAUAAAUUUUAUAAAUUGUUACAUAUUCCUUUUCAAUGAACAGACAUUUUUUAU